AUGGUGAACCAGAAGCGCAAAAAGCUUCUUGGCACUCCCCAAUGGGAUGACGAAAACCGAGCUACUGCUCAUCUCCUCUUCGUCCUCUACGACCUGUGGCCGGACCACCAAGACGACCUCAUAAACAUCUUCCAUCGCAUGUUCCCGCACUUUCAGAGGAUAAGGUUCACCGCAUCGCACCUACGCGAUGCAUGGUACCCACGCUGGGCACAGAGGCGCUUUGGGUUCGUCACAAUUGACAGACCCAACGAGUACAACCAGACCCAGCUUAACCAGGCAGAGCUCAACGACCUCGCAACGUUGACGUCUAUCAUCCAGCGAUGGGCCACAACGCUUGGAAUCACUCUCCGUCCCGCCGCGCCUGCGAUUACUCGGCCUUACGACGAUGGAGCAUACGACUUCUCACAAGGCAUCGCGGACCCGAACGACAACCUUACAACCUAUCUGAACAAGCACGCUCGGGCACGCGCAGCCUUGCGACCAGGUGAUGUCAUCCCUCAGCGCGUCAUCAACCUCAUGACGGUCGGCAACCAGGUCGAUACCAAGCUGCAGUAUGGCAUGCCAGUAGAUGGUCUGGCUCACCUGCCAUCCACCGUUGGCUUCGACGUCGACGAAGAGGGUCAGCCACUCAAUGGAGUUCCAGCGCCACAGGUUCAGGCAGCACCACAGGCACCAGCUCCGGCAACUCACCCCCCGGCUCACCGGCCAGCGCAGAAGCAGUUGCCAUACAGGCUCAAUGGUGUCAGCUCGGUAUCUGACUCGGAAGACGUUGAUAUGGAUGCUCCAGUCACUCGUCCGACCGGAUCACGGUCGUCACGACGCCCAAGACGCCAAGUCUACGACGACGAUGAUGAGGACGACGAUUUUCAGGCACCACCAGCCAAAAAAGCCCAGCCAACCUCCACAUCAAACCCCAACCCCCCAACCCUCCUCCCUCCUCGAAAAAUCGGUCUCCCCUUCUCAGAAUCCAUCCUCCCGCGAAAACAAAUCGAAAUGUACCGACGAGGUCUAACAAUCGACGGCCACCCACUGCGACCAAUGGGAUCCGGAGUCUCUAGUACCGUACAUGUACCAGGCUCACCGGGGUAUACUUGGUAUACCGGCCCGCCGGGUGGAAGAUUUGUUUUUUCGGGGGAUGUGGGAAAUGCUAGAGAGGAGGAGGAGGGGGAGAGAGAGGCGAAGGCGGAAGAAGCCGAAGACAACGAGGAGGAAUCCGACUCCGACAUCGACAUGCACGAGGCUUCUGACGAUUCUGACGAAGACCUCUACGCCCCGGGUAACCCGAUUAGAGGGGCAAUGGAGUAG